UUGGAAUCCUCCACCGCGGUCAGAUACUCCCCCACCCUCGGACUGUACGACUCUGGCGACAUCUGUUCCAACAGUAGGGCGUGUUGGGGUUGCCAGUAUCUCCGUAGAAGCUGAAAGAGAUUAGGGAUUGCUUAACAUUGUAUCUAUCGUACCGCUCUGCCACCCCUUUCUCCUUCUCACUUUUCCUCUCUCCCUCGCACACGCACACACACGCACACGCACACGCACACACACACGCACACAUAUACGCAUAAGCAGGCACGUACAUGCACAUAUAAAUAAUACACAGAGCCUUUUAUUUUACUCUUAUUCGUAAAGUAAUUGUAACGAUGGUGCUGUGUUGAUUCGAUUCCUGAGAUACAAGGUUUAUCCUCGGUACAGAACAAAUCGUGUUGUGAUGAGAUCUGAAAGGAUCGUUUAACGCGUCGAGGAACGGUCACUGUGCACCACGUAUAUUCUACGAGGAAUUUAACUCUAUUCGGUGGAGUUUGGUACUCGUGUAACCGUUAACGUUUACACGAGUACGAAUAUUUUUGUUUGUCGGUUGUUUAAUUUGUGAUUCCCGGAAUUCGGUAAACAUGAUUCUGAGAAAUUGCAGUGUACCGUAAAGCAAAGUGCCUACACAUCGUAUAUUCGAGUGUAACGUUUGCAGCAGAAGACAUUCGAGAAUUCUUUUGACGGUAUCGCGUACAAUCGUGUACGCUGCAACUAUAUGUAAAACACUGUCAAGUAUCGGAUAAUAUUUAAACUCAUCUCAGACUAUUGUCCUUUCGAGAUGAUCUUCAGGAUCGAUUUUUUGUGUUCUUCCUGUGCGUGGAAUAGAGACUGACGAUAUGGAUGCAGUAUGGCUUCGGUACUCUGGCAUGUUUCUGGAAAUAGUUUCGUUUCUCCCGCCUUUAUCUUGUUCCUGCUACUUUGUCCUCGCAACAGUACAGAGUGCGACCAGAAGUUUAUAAGCACUCCGGAUGGUCCACCGAAUGGAACCUUCCACGCUCCGAUGUUGAUUAAUCCCGAUGGAGAUUCCCGGCAGUGCGUGUACACGUUUUUCGCUGGUCCACGGCAGCGAGUCGAAUUGUUUUUCACUUCGUUCGGUCUUCGUGGGACUCCGCCAGGUGGAUCGGCUGUUGGAGAAUUACCUGCCUGUGUUCACGAAUAUAUGGACUUGUACGCGGAAAUACGGACGGAAAAUACUACCAAGUUGAUAGACACACCUUUCGGUGGACGUUUCUGCGGUCCGAUUCCACCUCGCAGACGUGUUUCCCUUUAUCAAGGAAUCGCCCUUAGUUUCUACACUGAUAAAAAUAUGACGUUACCUAGCCUAUUCAGUGGUAUCUACACGUUUAUCAAUGCCUCCGAAUACGAGGUGGGAACGCCUGCUCCUAGCACGCCAUGCUCUUUUACUGUAGACGCAGCGGUGAAAGGUAGCGGUAGCAUAUUAUCUCCAACGUAUCCGGGUGCAUAUCCGAAGGAUCUCGUUUGUAGUUAUCAGUUUAUCGGUAAACGUAACCAAAGAGUACGCCUGGAAUUUCGAGACUUUGACUUGUUCUUUGGAGGUCCACACUGCCCCUUGGACUAUGUGAAGGUGUACGACGGUUUGGAUAACACGUCUGCCGUCAUCGGAACGUAUUGCGGCCAGCAGCGAAAUUUAGUAUUAUAUUCUUCGGAAUCUAGUUUGUUUGUGCUAUUCGUCACGUUGCAACGUACCGCGAACACGCAGAAUCGUGGAUUCAAGGGAAUCUUUGAAUUCUCGGAGGGUUUCGUGAAAUUAGACUUUAUAACCGCUGACAAUGGGGAGCACAUCCGUGGAUCGGAAUGCGAUCAGAAGAUUUUGAGUAAAAAGGAGUCGUUUGGAUACGUGGUUAGCCCGAACUAUCCAUUUCCAUACAUACCGAAGGUUGUGUGUCGGUAUUUUGUUUACGGGAUGCAAGACGCGCAACAUCUCGAGCGCGUUCGAUUAGAAUUCAUGACGUUCGACGUACCAAAAAAUAAGACGUCGGAAGACUCGUCGUGCACCGACGGAUACUUGAAAUUAUAUUUAAAAGGACAAGAAGCGACGGAUUCGUACGACAAAUUCGAUCAUGAACUGUGCGGUUCGACGAGCAAUCCGACCCACGUAGUUAGCGAUGGACCGAGACUCGUUAUGGUGUUUAGUAGCGGCGAGUCGCAAGGCCAGGGUUUCCAAGCACGAUACAGUUUCGAGACGGAGUAUAAAAUACCAGGCACCGCGUCACCCGAUGGUAGUUGUACAUUCACUUACCGCAGUUCCUCUCGCAAGAAGGGAGACUUUAAUUCGCCACGACAUCCUAGCAACUAUCCUAGCGAUACGAAUUGCACCUAUUACUUUUUGGCGACACCGAACGAACAAGUUACCUUGAUAUUCGAUAAUUUUAAAGUUCGAACGACAAACAUGAACGUGACAGGCGGUCAUUACGGGCUUGACAUUUGUCAAGACGAUUGGUUGGAGAUAUACAACAUGUAUCGGGACAAGACGGAGAAAUUAAUAGGCAGAUAUUGUGGGACUACAGCCCCGGGUCCAGUGGAAUCGAAUCUAGGCGCUCUCGGUUUAAAGGUGAUCCUGCACUCGGAUUCCGAGCUCGUUUACAGCGGUUUCAAAGCUCGCUACACGUUCGAGGUGGCCAAACCCAUAUUCGGAGAUUGCGGAUCGAACAUAAGUAGUUUAAAUUACGGAGUGAUCGCCAGUCCAAAUUUUCCGAACAAAUACGAUAGACCGGCGAAAAACCACGCUAGCAAGACUUGUAAUUGGUUUAUAAGGGUGCGACCGAAUCAGCGAAUACUGUUGAACUUCAUGCUAUUUUCCGUGGAGGGUGAUCAAACAGCUCGUGGUUGUCCAGCUGCAGUCCUGCGCAUGUGGUAUUCCGCUUUGUCAACGCCUGUCGAGCUCUGUGGCGUUAAAAUGUCGGACAAAGAAUGGACUUAUCUCUCCGAAGAUAAUAACAUGCGUCUUAGCUUUAUAUUGGCCGACAAAGCGGUUGGACAACAAGGUUUCAAUGCUACGUGGACCGAAGUAAGCACGAACAGUGACUGCCAGAAUCAAUUUGUCUGCAGUAAAAAUAAAUACUGCAUUGCAGAAUCGCUUCGGUGUAAUAACAUUUAUAAUUGCGGCCAGGCUGAUACUUCGGACGAGGAAAACUGUAACACGGCCGUGGUACGAACAGAUAGCUACGGCGAAGUCGCGGGGUACGCCGCAGGCGCCGUGCUGGUGGCUCUGGCAGUUUGCCUCUUCUACCAUCGAAAGCUCAAGAGACGGGUGCAGACAGUGCACCUGGACGACUUGCGUCAACGCGUAGACGAAACCCAUCGAUGUUAUCGUCACGAGAAUCUCCUUCACCAUCAUCGCCAUCAUCAUCAUCAUCAUCACCAUCAACAUCAGCAUUAUCAGCAUCAUCAUCAGCAUCAGCAUCAUCAACAGCAGCAGCAGCAGCAGCAGCAGCAGCAGCAGCAGCAACAACAACAGCAUCAUCAUUAUCAGGAUCAAACGGACGAGUUUAAUCCGAGAUAUCAGCUGGAAGCAUCGGCCAGUCCAGCCAGCGAGAGCGAAACGGAGCAGGCGUGCGUCGAGGAGGCGAGUAGUCUCGACAGUGUGUGACACCGUGUGCUCGCUUAUGCGAAACUGUUCGUUGCUGUCCGUUGUUGGCUCAACUCUUUCUACUGACUUACCGUUUUCACGAUGAUAACGUCCUAGACACUGUCGAACACCGGACACCGGGCACCAGACGCGACGACACGAUCGCCAUCGUCGAUGCCAGUUGCCGUGCAGAACACUCUACGAAUUCGCUUGGAUUUCCGCCGCUCUGAAAUAAGAACAUGGAUCAUGGUGAUGGGAUUAGUGCGCCGUGUCGGUACUAUUGAUGCUAGAUAGUAAAGUAACAUUUUGUAUCAAACCGUUUUGAUACCUACACGAAAGUAUCGAUUAUACGCAGCACGUACUUGAUACGGUAAUGCACGAUUAACAUUCAUAAGAUUUCAGACUCAGCAGUGAAAGUUUCGUGAGUAGGAUAGCGUAUUUUUUGUAGAACCGAACUCCAACAUUGCUUGACAAAGAAACAGAAUGAUUGUAACAGGAGGAAACGAAAUGGAUAUGUCAAACGGCGACAGACGAGACGUUUUUCAACGCUUCAAAAAGAUGCCGCUAUGAUAAAAAAAAAAACAUAAUCACGCAAUGUAUAAAAUUUUACUUUCUCCAGUUUUCGUAUUAUCAUCCGAAAAAUGGUACUAAUGCAUUCUUCUCACUAAAAUGAUGAGUCCAAACACGACAUAAAUCAGACUACUUUUAAUUGCUUUGAUAUAUGCAAUAACACAUAAUAUGUACAAUGACUGCUCAUAAUUAAAACUUUAUACGAUUUAAUAAUUUAGUUUUUGUUCUUCGCUACACCUUGAAUAGAAGUUUUUCUAUUUAAAUUUCUAUAAACAUAAAGCCUUUUAUUCUUUAUGUA